AUGGCCGGUGCCGGAGACGGAUUGAAAGCAGCGGCGGCGGAAGCGCAGUACGAGGCGGCAAAAACAUCGGUAUGGUGGGAUAUAGAGAAUUGUCAGGUGCCAAGGGGAUGUGACCCUCACGCUAUCGCUCAGAAUAUAAAUGAGGCAUUGAGGAAGAUGAACUAUAAUGGACCUGUCACUAUUUCUGCAUAUGGAGAUACUAAUGGCAUUCCCUCGUACAUUCAACAAGCUCUUAAUAGUACUGGAAUCGGUCUCAAUCACGUACCGGCCGGGGUUAAAGAUGCUAGUGAUAAGAAAAUAUUAGUGGAUAUGCUAUUUUGGGCUGUAGACAAUCCUGCACCGGCAAAUUAUUUGCUCAUUUCAGGAGACAGGGAUUUCUCAAAUGCUAUUCAUCAGUUACGCAUGAGGAGAUAUAAUAUUCUUCUAGCACAACCUUUUCAAGCUUCUCCUGCUCUUGCUGCUGCUGCCACGAAUGUGUGGCAAUGGACAAACCUUGCUGCUGGAGGAUCUCCACGAGAACUUGCUUUUGGUACUAACACAUUACGCCAAGAAUCAAUACCAAUACCGACUCCAAUUACUCAACCUAUAUCCGCAAACACACCUGCUUAUUCCAAUGCAAAUGCAAAUGCGGAUGCAAAUGCCAAUGCCAAUGCCAAUACCAAUACUAUUGCUUCCGGGCCCCAAAAGUUAUCUAAUCCUGUUGCUUAUUCCAAUGCAAAUGCCAAUACCAAUACUAAUGCUUCCGGCCCCCAAAGGUUAUAUAAUCCUGGACGCAAUGUUAAUACUAAAACUAAAACUAUUUACGUACCUAAGAACUUGAAUCAACUGAAUAUCACUGGCAUGUCAAGUAUGCCAGCUAGAAUUGAAGAAACUAGUAGCAGCCAUUGCUCACAAAAACCAGUUGUCGCACCAAAGCAGUUUGCACCACAUCAUUUUUUUGCGAAGUCUGAUAGUUCAGUGAACCUUAGCAGUAAAUUCAUAGAAAAUAAGGAUGCUCAGCGUACUCAAUCUCAACCUCCUCUUGUUCCAGAUAACUUUGUGAAAUUAGAUUCUCGCCAGAACAGUUUGCAGCCUGCACUUCCACAACCUGAAGGUUCUGCUGAUUUUUCUACACCAUUUGUACGCCAUCCUAAUGCUGGCAUGGGUAGGGGUGAUUUAUGUGGUUCUAUGAACAAGAGUGAUAUAUGUCCUGACUUUUCCUUACUUCCAUCCUCGUCCGGGGUUUCUAAAUCUGUGUGUGGUAAUUCAGAUUUGGGUCUCCAGCUGCCUGAACACAUUCAAGUUCUUAUAAGGGUCAUCUUGCUUGCAUUGAAUACUUUGAAGCUUGAGAAGCUUGUGCCUACCAAAGAAAACAUUAGUAAAUGUAUACGUUUUGGUAACCCUAAAUAUUGUCAUAUUGAUGUUACAGUAGCCUUAAAAACUGCUCUCGAGCAACAGAUGAUAUUAAAGUUAGGACAAGUUGAUUUUGAGCUAUAUGUUGGUAGGACGGAGAGGAUUUGGAAAUGUGAGAAUCCCCUUGGUGGCAAUCCUAACCAGUAUCGAGAUGCAACUUGGAAUGCAAUUGAGAAAUAUCUUUGUUCAGCUGCUGGACGUUCAGCACUAGCAGCAUCUGAAUGCAGGUAUGAAGCCGCUUUGAUUCUUAGAAAUGCAUGUCUUAAAGACCUUACAUUGGGUGAAGUAUUUCAAAUCCUGAAUAUGAUUAUCAGUCUGAAGCGUUGGAUUAAAACUUCUUCACCCUCUGAUUGGCAACCAAUUACCAUCACUCUUCCAGAAACUAAUAAUGAUAAGGAAACCAGAACAGGUACCUAGUUGACAGAUGCUUCAGUAUUUUAGCAUGUCGUAGUCAGAGAAAUUUUCACAAGUAGAUCAGAUAUAUCUUGGAGUUAUGGAUUUUAAAGGAAGCUCAAUUUCGUAUAAGAUGGUACAUUUGGUGCCUACUUGAUGACACUAGCAUAGGAGUGAGGUCGUUUUUACUUUUGUGGGCUGCUUUUCCAUACACUAUGCAGCUGAUAUAGCGGGCAGAUUUCUGCACCAUGGCUAACCUUAUGUUAAAGGGAUGGAAUUGUUAUCAUGCUUCUAUCCACCUGACUAUGCUGAUGGAUCUCUUAAUCUUUCAUUCCAGCUGCAUGGUUGCUACUAUCCUCAAUUUCUUUAUCUGAAAAUUUCCCUUUCGCCGGAAAUUUUGUUUACAUCAGAAAGUCUACUACUGCUUUCACCUUACUAGAUUUGAAGCACUCAGGAAGAAUGUAUUCUUGGUUCCCUGGUGAGUAGAAAACUGGCAAGAUUGGGUUGCAGAUUGACAAGAAAUUUUGUAGUCACUGUCGUUGUUCUAGCUAGAAUAUAAAUCUAGAAGAGCGGUUUAGAAUACAGAUCCAGUAACCUUGUUUUUGGAGCUUAUGAUCACAAAGAAUAAAGAACUUUGUCAAAUGGAGUAUGUAGAUUUACUUGACAGGGAUUUUCAUAUGUUUCCAUAACCUUGCGCUUUCGGCUCUUCUUUUUGUUUCUUGGAGCUUAUGACUGUAAAGUGCUUUGUCAGAUAGAGCAUUUGUAGAUUACUUGGCAGGCACUUGCAUUUGUUUUCGUAUCAUGCUUCCCCUUCU